GUUUAAGUGUGUGUGUGUGUGUGUAUCGACGUCGCGACGUUAGGCGUCUAAGAAAAGUGAGUUAAAAAUAAAUACUUGUGGUUUUGCUAUGACUGCGGCCGAGAGUGAGUAGUCCGACAGAGUGUGCCUUCCUUCCCCGUAGUGCUCGUGCUUUUAAAUACUCUCAGUUCCACGUCUACUACACGCAUUGAAACAAUAAAAAAAAAACAACCGACAACAUCAAUAACAACAACAAACAACAAGGUUGGAAAGAAAAAGAAGAAAAACGUAACCAAGGAGAAGUGAAGAUGCAAUAAAGAUCCGAGCAGUCGUCGAACAAGAGGAAGGACCAAUCUGUGAUAUGUUGUUUGUUGUUGUUAUAGUUACAACGUGCGCGUGUUGUUCGGUGUCUUAAUUUAGACAAUCUCCGUUUUAUUUUUUUUUUGCUGGCAACGAGAAGAAUUUGUGCUGGUGCGACAAAUAGAGAAAUGUUGAUGAUUCGUUCUUCAUGAUCCGAAGGAAAGGGAAUAAAAGGGUCAACAGGUUCAUGGGAAUUCGUGAACGCCCUCUGUUCUUCAUCAUAAAAUUACGCGCGUGAUUACUAUUGUUUCUUUGACAAGUGGAUUCUUUGAUCGAAUUUGCAUCUUUUCUCGAUUGUUGUUAUUGAAGGAUUGACGAGACAAAGACAAUGCUGGAAUGUUUUCCUCUUUCUCGAAGCUGAGGCCGCGCACGAGGAGUCUGUCCUCGGACAUCCAUUGCGACGCUUUCGAGGACGGCUUCGGCCUCUGCAGGACGCCAAUCGGCUCACCGAAACAAAAACGCAACAAGAAACGUAAUUCCGAGUUGGAGCCAUGUCCGAGUAUUCAGUCGCUGCGAUCCGGUUCCGUGGCUUUGGGAAGCGACCAGCUGGCACCUGGCGAUCGCAUCCACAGCGUGAACGGGAUAAAUACCAGCAGAAUGAGGCCGGAGGAGGUCUCCACGCUGUUAGAUAACGUCGACGGGAAUGCUCUCCUGGAAAUCGAGUACUGCCUACCUAGUUAUG